AUGGGCUGCUAUUACCAUGUGUAUGAGUACGUCACACUGCUUUCACUUGAUCGACAUUGGCUGACGAGGGAUCAUGAAAGAUAUCAUGCCGCUCUUAUUUUGCGCUUCUUUAUUGGAUUUGUAGAGGCGGCAUUCUUUCCCGGAGCUGUAUUUCUUCUUUCACGAUGGUACAAGCGCGAUGAACUAGGGUUACGCACAGCAUUUCUUUUUUGCGGCACCUCUAUCAGUUAUGCUUUUAGUGCUCUUAUUGCGUCUGGAAUUUUAGCAAGCCUAGACGGUGUACUAGGUUUUACGGCUUGGAGGUGGCUCUUCUUCGUGGAGGGCGCUUUGACACUCGCCACUGCAGUGUGUGCAAUCUGGAUUUUACCCGAUUUUCCUUCAACGCCGAGCGUCUGGCUUUUGCCCGAUGAACAAAUACUGGCCAAGCAACGGAUGGAGGAAGAAGUUAAACUUGAGCACAAAGGGAAACCCGAAGAGAACUUCUCUGGUCUUGCCGAGGCUCUUAUGGAUUGGAGGGUAUGGUGGCUUGGUGUUGCUCUUAAUUUGAUCGUUUCCUCGCUAUCAUUCGCCAAUUUUUUUCCGACACUAUCAGCUACAAUGGGUUACAGCGCGACGACCAGCCUCUUUCUCUGCGCACCUCCGUGGAUUUUGGGGACUGCGACUUCGUUUGUUGUGGCCAGGCACUCCGACGUAACUGGUGAUCGCUUCUGGCAUAUUUCCGGUCCUCUACUCGUCGGCAUCGCUGGGUUUAUUAUUGCAAUUUCCACAAUGAAUACGGGCAUGCGAUAUCUGUCACUUUUCCUUAUGGCUCAGAGCUCAAUCGCCUAUGCUGUCGCUUUGACCUGGGUCAUGAAUACCUUUUCCCAAUCACAGUCUAAACGCGCUGCAGCCAUCGCACUAAUAAACACUAUGGCAUCAGUUGGCAACGCUACUUCACCAUACUUUUGGCCGUCCAGUUGGGGACCUUCAUACGUCAACUCGUGUCUUGUUUGCACCUUGACAAGCGUCGUGUCUAUUGCGAUGUUCUGGGUAUUUAGGGAACACCUUUCCCGGUGUAACGAAGCUGCUGAAGCCGAAGAGCAAGUUCUAGGACUACCCGAGGGUUUUAGAUAUCUCCUCUAGCGCAUGGUCGGCAAAGAUAUUCAUGAAGUCAUAAAUUGAUUGAUGACGGAGAGCUACAUUGUACUUGUUUUAGACACGAAUCAGCAACUUCAGUGUUGACAAUGCAUCACAACGAAUCAUGAAUGACACAGUAAUC